AGUGGCUUCAAAUACUUACGGCUUAUUUAUGAACACUGGCAAGUACGAUAAAUUGGCGCGAAAAUUCAAAUAUUUAGGACUUAUUCAAUGUGUUCUAUUGAUGAAUUCUUGCUUACGAUUACGUUCUGAAGAGAAAAUAUCUAUAAUAAUGUAAAAUGAGUAGGUAUGCUUUGAUCGUAAACAUUUAUUUUUAAAUUUACUUGCAUAGCCAACUAUUAGAAAACGAUCCCUUGAAAAUCAAUAUUCCUACCAACCGAGCGACACUUGCGCCAAAACCUCUUUCUGUCAUACUGCCUCUAAUCUCUAGUAUCUUGGAAAAAUAUUAUUAGUUCUUUGACUGUGUAAUAAAAGUGCCUGUUUUGACUUAAAAGUAGAUUUAAUAAUGUCGUUAAAAGCAUAUGAAGAUGCUUGCACUAGGGCGGAAUUAUUCGGCCAGCCUUUGCCUGACAAAGAAGAAUUUCUGUCAAAACAUAAACAUUUGGAUGUGGUGGAAUUCGAGGAAGUUGAAAUACGGACUGCUGAGAACACUGCUAUGCUGCAGGACCAUUUAAAAGAUGGCAGCGGUGGCCUAGCUGAAUUAAAUACUAUUUUAGACUCUACCCAAACGAAAAUAAACAAACUAAAGGGUGUAUGCGGAACUAUAACAAACUUUUUCCGCGUAAAAAUGUCUGCGAAAGACAACUUAUCAUACUCCAGCGAACCCAGUUACAUCGGACAGACAAACUAUGACAAAGAUUACAUACCGCCAAACACAGAUGUAGGCUCUAUAAACCAAGGCCUUGGUCCCGAAGACAGCAAAAUGACACCGCGGGCGGGAAAAUCAAAACAAAAUGGCGGCGACAUCAACACAGCUUUAAACGAUUUACAAAAGAUGGAGGAUCAAGAAAAUACUUCUUUGUUAGGUAAAGCUGCUGUCAAAGAUAUUGGACAACAGGUGACGUCACAGAUUAGCAAAUUAGAUCAAUUAAUUAACCAAGCCGAUAGGGCUCAGGCAUCUUUGAAUAAUCAGAAUAAACAAAUGAGAACUUUCUUGCGAUAAGUUUGUGACGUAGUUAUUCAGCUUGUAGCUUGGCGUUUGUUGAUUGUUCUAGUGUAAUAGGACUAAGGCUAGCAACGAUUUUUAAUCUCCUUAUAGCUGAAUGUAACCACUGUUCAACAAAAUAAUAAUAAUCAAGCUAAAAAGCAGCCAGAAAGUGACAAAGUUUGCGGCAUCUAUAUUACGAGUGCCUGUAUUAACAAUUUGUAAUGCUUUAGUAGUUUUAAUACAUUAUGACAGAUAAAGAGUUUACCUCCUUCCCAUAAUAUUGUGCUUCCAAUUUGUAAAUUCAUGUUUCCAGUUCAGUCCACUUAUUUAUCGAUUAUUUAAAAAAUAGAAGAAAUGCCAAAUUAUACUUCAGAGUUCUGUCAACGUUCAGAGUCUAUUUUUCAUUAAUAUUUAAUACUUAUAUUUUAAAAAGUCUGCUAUCACAGUAUUUUAGUUUAAAGGAGAGUGUUUUAGCGUAAAAAACAGCUAAAUAGACAGGUAAUAUGGGCAAAAUAGGAGCGGAUGUUAAUGUCAUUACUGUACAUUUAAUUUAAUGAGCUAAACCUCUAAAAGCGAUCAAACCUCUGUGCUGUCAAAAAUGCUGUGAAAAAUGGAGUCGGGUUUUCCUAUAGCCUACUCGGUGUAAAGGAAAAUCAACUAAGCGAGUAGCGCCAUCUAUCUACUGGUGUUUUUGUUUGCACGUUUCUACUAAGGCACUCUCCUCGAUACCAAGAUAAUGUGAACCGACAAUUAUUAGAUACUAUAAGUUUUUAAAGUUACAAUCAAUUGUCUCUCUCUUACAAUUCGUUGCUCCGAGUCCGCAUUCAGGCUCUGUUCUAGAGGAAGUAUCUGUUCACUGACGAUGUAGGCGCUGGCAUAUUUAAUUUGCUAUCUGAAAUUCCGAAACGACCUUACGUAAAAUAUUUUCUGGUUGUAUACGUAAUUUUUUUUAAAGAGGGCUGAGUCUUUUGUCCCUUUAUGUCUUUUGUAUUUCGACGAUUGUUAGUUAGCGUUUAGACAAAUCGCGAAUUAAUUGGUUCUAAGUUACCUUUUCUGUACAUAAAAUAGCCAAAGAUAAGUUGUAAUUGUUGCACUUCCGUUAAAAAUCUUAGGAGAAAAAUAGUUAACUUAAUUAUACUAGCUAUUUAUUAUUCUAUAAACUGUUCCAUAUAUAUUAUAUUCAAGCAAGUUCAGUAAAUUUCCAAUCGUCGUUUGGCAGCGAUCCACAUAUAUUAAAAUUGUGUAAUUAAUUACAAAUAACUAACUAACGAAAUAAUAUUAUAUUAAUCUAGAUUAUUUACUCCAAUUUUCUAGCUCGGUAUUUUGCUUCAAAUAUAUCGGAUUAGACAUAAUAUGAGAGGUUUGAAAUCCUAUGCUCAAGUAGAGUCAAUGUAAUGAGUAGCUUCGUCCUUAGGAUCUACUACCAGCUUUUAAAGUAAGAAUGCUUAUUAAAGCGAGACAUCGCUCUACGCUGUGUAUUACGUUGUCUCCCUCCAACAAUAUCAAUCUUAGUUAUAAAGGUGGUUUUUGGCCCGUGAUCUCACUUGUAUAUUUUUUAGCAAAGGGUAAUAUUAAUUGAA